AUGUCACCAUGGAACAAACUCAUUCCGAACUGGUUUUCGAAACUAGUAUUGAAAAACUCGGACAACAACGACCAUGAAACCAACAAGACGAACUCCUGCUUUGCUCAAAGUGAAAUUCCAGAAAGAAGGAUGACACAUCCUAUCACAGGACAAGUAUUACUUCGACUGACAGCUAUCAAGAAAGACGUUGGCCAACAUGUUGUGUAUCAAUAUGAAACAACCUCAUUGACAAAUCCGCAAUUAUUGAUUGCAAUUUGUUCAAAUCGAGAGCUCUAUGGACAGCCAUGCGAGGAUUGUGUGACAUCAUUGGAAUUGAAAAUUUACAUUUCUGGAAAUAACUCAAAUAAUUCAUCUAUUUCUUAUCAAAAACAAAUAGAAGCAUGUAGAUUAUGUGGACUACUCGAUUAUUUCUCAAGUGAACAAGCAGCAUGGACUUAUUUAAUUGAAUUUUUAGAUGGGGGAGAAGGAUAUGUGAAACAACAUGUUGCAAGAUUGGAUAUUGGAUGUUUAUUGGAAUUGAACGAGAAAAGAAUGAUUGAGAAUUUUAUUGUUAAAAAGAGUGCCACUAUGUCCUCCGAAGAAUUGGUGUCGUAUUGUGUCAGUUGUUGUCAUGAAUCCAUGAUCAGUGACGAAAACGUGACAGAAUUUCAUUUUGAUGAACUCAAAUUAUUCAAAUCAAAAUUUAACAUCAAUUUGAGAAGAAAAUGGAUGAAAAUAGUUUACAACUCUCAAGAACUUGAAUAUGAGGAAUGUUUGAUAGAGGACAUGCCAUUCUUGUGUUAUAACACACUCAUAUUCAAUGGAGAAAUGAUUCUCAAAAGCAUCUUUUCAUUCAAUACUCAUUUCUUGGAACAAGUUCCAGAGUAUUCACAAGAUCUGGUGUUCAAAAUUGACAAGAGACAUUUCCGAUCCAUGUGUUCAAUUUGCCAAAGAAAUUCUCAUCCAAGUGUUUGGGUUCAAACGAUUAUUAUUAUUCGAAAAUAA